CUCUAUAUGGAUCAGAUAAAUCAGUAGACUUCAGCUGCUCGUGCUGUGUCAGGUGGUCGAUUAAACAGCGAAAAGGCACUUCAUUACCAUUGCUCACCUUGAAUUACGGGUACACACUAACCGCAUUCGCGGCGCGCGAGACCUAAAGUACUUUAGAUCGACUCAACGGCAUCGAUCGCGCCCUCUUUAAACGACCGUUGCAGUAUAGCCGGCACACUACGAUAUGGCUCAUUCAACAAGCACUAACUGUGGACCGUACGAUGGAUAUAUACCGGCAAGUCAACUGCCACACCGAAAUCAAAAGAACAUGUUUUACGUCACUGACAGCAGGUGCAAACGAUACUUUUGUGCCGUCUGUGGGGAUUGCCAUCCAGUACAGAACGAUUGUGCGCAACGUGUCACCGAAUGGUUAACGGGCACCACACUGCCGGAUGCACUACACCGGUCGUUGGAAGCAAGCAUUGUGGACAACUACACAUAUAUGCGAUUCAAAGAAGCUCGGAGGGUAGACGACAAUCCUUGCUCAGUCCUGUACGAGGAAAGUGAAAGACGAAAAAGAGCGGCAAAAGCGUUGACAGAGUGUUGAACUACUUUCAGUAACCGAACUUUUACCUUGCUUGAACGCGAUACUGAGAUUAUUUAUACCACAAUUUCAUUUAUAGAUUACAUGAUGAGUUCAA